CCAGGGUAAUUAUUUGCGCAAAGAGAUGACAGCGGCAAAUACGGAAGGUGCUUUUCAUUUGCUUUAAAAGACGUUCGAUUUUCUUUCGCGCCUGAGAAGUUACGAUACUGAGAUGUUAAAGGCGUUGGAGGAGGCUUCGAUACGGACAUGUUUUAAGUCAGUGUAGGAAAACAAAGUUUGUUUUAAUACGCACAUUAUACAACGAAAAGACUGAGACAUGGCUAAAAUGCAGACUUUAACAGUGGAGAAUCUUGCGGAUCACCAUAGCGACCACAGCGGAAGUAAGCGGUCAUCACUGGUCCCGAAGGAGGGUAGCGAGGGUUCUCAUACGAUCAAUCCCAGUAAGCGCCGGAUGUCGCGUUUCGAGGGACGCCCUAGCGUCCAGUAUAGCCGCCGCAUGUCCAUGGUGUCACGAUCUAGCGUUACCGGAAGUUCCUUUGGAAUUAAGAAUAUUGGACUGUUUCCAGUGAAGCUGCAGAAUACGUACAAACUGCAGCCGGACCACAGUGAAGUGUUCAAACCCGAAAGUGUGCGUGUUAUUAUACAGGAAGUGCUCGAUGAAUGCCUGAACGGUGAAAAGUACAAACCUUUGCAGUGCCGAAGCCUCUCACAGAUGCUCACGGAUCUCAUCAAGUCGCGCGUGAAGGACAUGGGAUUUCAGCGCUACAAGUAUAUAGUGACGGUGACCAUUGGUCAGGACAGUAACCAUGGAGUCCGUGUAGUCAGCCGGUGUCUGUGGAACAAGGACACGGAUAAUUACGCCGAGGCUAGUUAUAACAAGAAUGGGUUGUACGCGGUAGCCGCUGUGUACGCUUGUUAUUUUGAAUAGUGUAUUGUUAAAUGGCUUGUAGAUCGCAUGAUGGUUGAGGUGUUUCAAUACUAAUGUUAUUUGUUUUGACGAAUCGUUAUGCUGCAUACAUACUUAUGCAAUAUAUUUUUUAUGUGCGAGUUCAUAUUCAAGAUGAUUUGCGUGUAUUUCUCAUCGUGAUUAAAUGUAAAACUCUA